GUCAGAAUCAGAUUUACCUGCCCCCUAGAGAGCUGCAUCAGAUGAAAUAACAUAAGAUAGAAGAUAAAUCAAACUUAAAACUCAGAAAAACCAAACAUGUCAGUGAUUCAGAAUCUGUGGCUUUGUUGUCCUCGCACCCAACCCUUUUUAUUCAAGAUACUCCCAAGAAUCUAUGUAGCAUUGUCACCAAGAGGAAGCACUAUUUGGUGCCAUUCAAUGUCUCAGGCCACCAAAGUUUCCUCUUUUCCAGAUGGUGUGGAGCAAGUUGUGGACAAUAAUGCCCUUGGUGUUCCAAAAGUGGAGAUAUUGAAGCAGAAAAUGGAGCUUCUUGGUAUCAACUUGGACAACUCUUGUUUGCCCGGGCAGUACCAUAACCUCUUUUGUCCAAAGUGCAAAGGUGGGAAACUAAAGGAGAGGAGUUUGUCUUUUCACAUCAUCCCUGAUUGUGAAUUUGCAAUGUGGAGGUGUUUUCGAGCUAAAUGCGGCUGGGCUGGUCGGGUUUUUGCAAAGGACAGCAACUUGCACGGUUAUGGACAAAUGACUGAAAAGAGCUUAGGAUUGGAACCACUUGGUCCCAAGCUGAUUGCAUACUUUAAGGAGAGACAAAUAUCCGAAAAAACGCUAAGCAGAAAUGCUGUCAGGCAAAUGUCUGAGAGUAAGGAAAUCAUUGCUUUUACUUAUAAACAGAAUGGAUUGCUUGUUGGUUGCAAGUUUAGAACAAUGGAGAAAAGAUUUUGGCAGGUAAAAGGCACUGAGAAGAUGCUGUACGGAAUUGAUGACAUUAAUCAUGCCUCUGAAGUCAUCAUUGUUGAGGGGGAAAUUGAUAAGCUUUCACUUGAGGAGGCUGGCUUCCAGAAUUGUGUCAGUGUUCCAGGGGGUGCACCUGGAAAAGUUUCAAAAGAUUUACCACCAAUAGAAAAGGAUACUGCAUAUCAGUACCUGUGGAACUGCAAAGAGUACUUUGACAAGGUAGUUCGCAUCAUCCUGGCAACUGACAAUGAUCCACCAGGUCGAGCUUUAGCAGAUGAGCUGGCAAAACGCCUUGGACAAGAAAGGUGUUGCCAAGUACAUUGGCCAAAGAAAGAUGAUACCAACUGUUUCAAAGAUGCAAAUGAGGUUCUCAAGUACAUGGGAGCUGAUACUUUGAAGAGAAUAGUUGAAAAUGCAGAGCCAUAUACAAUUGCACACUAUAGGAAUUAGGAACACACAUGAUCAAAGAUUGUAUAAUUAAAAAUGUGAAAUGAAGAAAAUAUUUGCUGGUUUUUACCAAGUUUCGUGGGGAAGCAAUGUGAGGGGAUUUUGAGCUUCUUUGAGGGAUUUAGAGUAGAAUUAGAAGGGGAUUAUUCCAUAUAGGUUUUCUAGUGCAACAGUGAUGAAGAUUUCUGUAUAUCAUAUUCUUUGAAGU